GUCAUUAUAAACAAACAAACACUUUGACAGCUAGUUGUUUUCCACCGCUUCAUUCGUGGAACAGCUACUACCGACAUCAUCACGCUCUUAAACAAGCUAACGCUAAUUUAAUGCUAAAAGUUUUCAGCUUUUACGAUAUACGAUUUACCACGCGUGAAAAGAAGGUGAAAGUGAAAUGGAUUCACCCGUAACCGGAUCACCUCUCGAGGAGCUACCGCCGGAGCUGGUUUUGAUCAUUUUCAAAUAUCUUGAUCUGAAGUCGUUAAAAGCAGUGUCAUUAACAUGCCAUCGGUUGGAGGAAAUCUUUUCCUACUACAAUGCUCCCCGGUUUGUGCUGCGAAUCAGUGAGCUUUAUCCGGGCAAUGUGAUCACCCUGCCGAUGAAAGAUAUUGAAGAAAAGGUGGAACAGGCAACCAUAAUGCUGGAGCGCACAAAACGUCCCUACCGAAAUGUUCAUCUCGACAUAAGUUCGGCAGGCAUGUAUGAUGAUUUCGACAAUAUGCCAACUCUGCUCGCCAAGCUGUUCGAAACGCGCACGAUGCAGCAGUUGGUCCGGCUGAAGCUUGAAUUGCCGCAACAUAUGGAGAAAUUCGCCACGCAACUGUCGAACGCUUUGGCCAAGAUGGAUCAUCUGCAAGAACUAAAGCUGCAUCACCCUUGGGGAAGAUUAACAGGGCCCCAAAUUACUGAGCUGAAGCUUGUCAACCGUACGCUACACAAGCUGGAGCUGUACGCCAUCUUUCCCAGCGUGAUCGACUGUCGCAAUCUGCGGCUGCUGAGUGUUUGGUACUCGGUGGAUGUGGAGACCGUCGUCGGUAAGCAGUACGUAGAGCACGGUGGCGAGGAACCGUACUGGAAGCUGAAGCAGCUAGAAGAGCUAACCAUAUGGCAUAAUGAAUACACGAUGCCAAAGCGUAACCAUUGCAGCGCAAAGGUUCAGUUUUACCGACACAUGACACAGCUUAAGAAACUGUGCCACAACGCUGGCUUCGUGUCAGACGAGAUGCUGCAAACAAUAUGCAAAUCGUGCGUCCAGCUGGAGAGCCUGUAUUUGGCCGACAUGAUCGUCAACAACCCGAACUUUUCGUGCUUCCUCUCGAACCUGACCAACCUGCGACAGUUGGCAAUCGAGAGCUCCACCAACGUGCUGUCGUUCACUGGCGUUCGCUUGCCCCGACUGGAAAAGCUUCUAUUAGACGACAUAAACAUUGACUGGGCAUCGUUGGCGGAGCUAAAGUCCAUCAAAUGGCUCAAGAUCAAUCCGGAUCGAUCGACGGUGAAGCAAAUGUGUGACCUUCUCGAAAGGCACAUGAACCGGUUACAGUUCGUGUGGAUCACCUUUUACGAUCAAUUGGAUCUCCCGUGCUAUCGAGAAAUUUUUGCAACGCUCUCCAAACUGCCGGCACUGAAAAGGCUCGCUCUAGAUAAUGUUAAAAAUUCUAGCUGGCUCAAAGAAAUGACACCCCUUCCCGGGCUGACCCGAAUAGCUGUGUUGUGUUGCUCAAGGGAAACAGUGGAGACGGACGACUUGGAAAAACUGGGGCCCAACAUCAAAGAAAUCAAAGAUGUAACAGUCACAGAUCGUACCUAUACCUGGGACAUAACGUUCGAAUUUGAUCCCUUCUAUUUUGCGUAAUUGUUUCCACGUUUCUAUAAUAAUGGAGCAAAUCCAUUACAUCGAUCGCGUGCUAUAUGAUAGUGAAAACAAACUAAGUCCUUGGGUUACGCGCUGAAUACCAUCCACUUGGUAUCCAAGUCUUUAAUUAAUGCAUAUCGAACGAUCAGGUGUUGUUAGAAACAUUAAAACACCAUAGAGUUGAAGUAAUCCAUUCAUGAAUAAUGAAGUGGGAACUAAAG